AUGUACAAGCAGCGAUGGCCAUUAGCAGCUGACAGAACUCGAACGGAUAUGAAUAUUCCAGCACUGAGAUACGUGUUGGUCAGCUCGCUUUCUUGGGCUACCGACACAAGUAGUUACGACCCUGAAACAUUUGGAGUUAUCCCCAAGACGUAUCGGGGGUACACGGGAGAAACAGCGGGUAUGGCUGACAUAAAUCUCAGUAACAUGGCUCUUUCUUGUAUGGCGACACUUUGUAAAAUCAAUGCAUCACAAAUAACGGCAAGAGGCCUUGAUAAUUUGUUAUGCGCGCUUCGUCAUCUGGAAGUAACAUUGGUAUUGAACGGUAUUGAUAUUGUCGAUUAUUCGCAAUGGACUGACAGAGAUAGAUUGUUCGAGUACUUGGAAGUUCUUGAUAUAAUGGAUACGCCCGGAUUAAUACUCAAGUAA